CGACACAUCACACAACGUUUGGGACUUUCUUAACUAAAUUUCGCUGGUCAUGGCUAGGCCUCAAGUUUCUAGGAUCGGCAACUUAGACGCGAUGUCUAGUAUGCAGUGCAGUGACCUGAUAGUGCUGGGUCUUCCCUUCAAAACAACAGAGCAGGAGCUGAGAGAGUACAUGGAGCAGUACGGGGAGGUGGUCAUGGUUCAGAUCAAGAAGGACCGGAUGACGGGAAACUCCAAAGGGUUCGGGUUCGUUCAAUUCGCAGAGUACGAGGUCCAGCUUAAGGUUAUAUCACAGCGUCACAUGAUCGACGGGAACUGGUGCGACGUGACGAUCCCGAAUUCCGAGAAUGAGGGUGUGAUCGUGCACGAGCGGAGGGUGUUCAUCGGCCGCUGCACGGAAGAUAUCUCAGCAGAGGACCUGCGGGCCUACUUCCAACGGUUCGGGGAGGUCACGGACGUUGUCAUCCCCAAACCGUUCCGAGCGUUCGCCUUCGUGACGUUCCAGGACGGCGAGACGGCGCAGAGUCUGUGUGGAGAGCACUAUACCAUCAAGGGCGCGAGCGUUCACGUCAGUGCCUACACUCCGAAGCUGGGCAACCCCGGGCAGCCCGGGGGCCUGCCCAUCCACGAGCGGCAGAACCCGCCUGGGGACCGAAGUGGGCACCAGGGCCAGCCCAACCAGGUCGGGGGCAACGUCGAGGGGAACAGUCCGAACAACAUGGGGGGGAACCAGGUUGGGAUGGCGGAGCUUAAUGAGGCCAUGUUGGCCGCCGCACAGGGUCAAGGUCAUCAUCAGUAGGGUCAAGGUCAUCAUCAGUAGGGUCAAGGUCAUCGGCA